CAAAUGUUCAACGAGGAAAGGUCCGUAAAUCCUCUUUAAAUCCCCAGAGCACAUGGUGUGUAUCGGUACGAGCAAGAGAGAGAGAGAGAGAGAGAGAAUUAAAGAGAGUGGGGAAAACGCACGUAGUGCCCUUAUACAGCCGCAUCAUUGGCUGCACGUCAGUGUGACCCAAGUGAUUCAUUGGUGACAGAACCGGCUUCAGUCAGAUGAGCAUCGGCGAACCACCAAGAGAAGCUUCACAUUUCAUUCAAGUGCUUCUUUUAAAGAUGUGUGCCGUACGAACGUGAUGAACCUGGUCCCAGGAGAGCAUCAUCAGACGAAGACCUUAAAAACUAAGCGUCGUUAAGUAGUUUUGAGACCUGACCUGCUUUAAGCAUCAUGGGUGGCGUGGCAGUAGACAGUGGUGACAGUGGGGUCAAGGCACCUGAUGGAGGCUGGGGUUGGGCUGUACUCUUCGGGUGCUUCAUCAUUACCGGUUUCUCCUACGCAUUUCCCAAAGCGGUCAGCGUCUUCUUCAAGGAGCUCAUCCGGGAGUUUGGAGUGGGCUACAGUGACACUGCUUGGAUCUCCUCCAUUCUUUUGGCAAUGCUUUAUGGCUCAGGGCCGCUAUGUACUAUCUUGGUAAACCGUUUUGGGUGUCGGCCUGUGAUGAUGGUCGGUGGCCUUUUUGCCUCCAUGGGAAUGAUCAUGGCAUCCUUUGCAACCAGCAUCAUCCAUAUUUAUCUCAGCACGGGAGUCAUAACAGGUUUGGGUCUCGCCCUGAACUUCCAGCCAUCCCUCAUCAUGCUGAACAGAUACUUUAGUGAGAAGCGGCCCUUGGCUAAUGGUCUAGCUGCAGCGGGAAGUCCCGUGGCUCUGUGCUGUUUGUCUCCUCUUGGUCAGGUCCUUCAGUACAACUACGGUUGGCGUGGAGGCUUUCUCAUCCUCGGAGGCCUGCUGCUAAACUGCUGCGCGUGCGGUGCCCUCAUGAGGCCCUUGAUGGCUCCAAAAAAGAGCGAGGUGGAUGAACCUGAAAAAGAUACAAAACCCAAACCAAAACCCAAGCUGCUUGACUUUAGCGUCUUCAAAGACCACGGCUUUUUGAUUUACACAGUGGCUGCCGCUAUUAUGGUGCUUGGACUUUUCGUACCUCCCGUGUUUGUGGUUAGCUACGCGAAGGAACUAGGCAAUGAGGAUACCAAGUCUGCCUUGCUGCUCACCAUACUGGGGUUUGUCGAUAUCUUCGCCCGGCCCACGUGUGGUGUAAUUGCUGGACUCAAGUGGGUGCGCCCCAGAUGCGUCUACCUCUUUAGUUUCGCUAUGAUCUUCAAUGGCAUCACUGAUCUUGUAGGCUCCUUUUCCAAAGACUAUGCAUCUCUCGUGGUGUUCUGCAUAUUUUUCGGCGUCUCUUACGGUAUGGUUGGAGCCCUGCAGUUUGAAGUGUUGAUGGCCAUCGUGGGAACGGAGAAGUUCUCAAGUGCGAUAGGAUUGGUGCUGUUGGUCGAAGCCUUCGCUGUGUUGGUGGGACCUCCUGGAGCAGGUCGCCUACUGGAUGCCACCAAGAACUACACGUUCGUGUUCCUGCUGGCAGGGUGUGAGGUUGUUCUCUCCGCACUUGUGCUCGCCAUCUGUAAUUGGCUCUUCAUCAAGAAAAAGCCCCAAGAGCCCGACCCUCCAGCUAAGAUGGAGAUGGCCGUUACAGAGGCAGAGAUGGAGGUGCUCAACAAAGCUCCACAAAAGGAGCCGGAAAACAAAGAUGAUGCGGGAGGGACUGGGAAAGAGCAACAGGAAACCUUAAAACCAGAGGAUGACAAAGUUAAAGAGCCUGAAAGCACAGGGGUGGACUCGGCAGAGAUUGAGGUUUCCUAAAAAUUGACUGAAGAAACCGGUGUUGUAGUGGAACCUGAAUCCUCCCACAUGUUAAACACUCCAAACUAGAGCAGAGCACUAGCAAUGUUAAGGAUUACCAGCUUGCUUGCUUUGUGGCAUAACCUGUUUGAUGUGGAUUGUCUGUAGUAAAUUCUAACUACUGUAUUUUUUUUAACUGGUUCUAAGAGAGCACAGGAGUGUAAGAUUAUUUAUUUUUGGUUGUAUUAAAGCCCUGUGUUUCGGACAAAUCCAAACACUUGGGUUUGUAUGAAACGCAGGGUCCUAGUUAGUCUUUUUUAAUUGAACACGUGCUUAUUCUGAAUUUGCUAAAUAUUUGUGUAGAAUUUUAAGGAUAUAAUUUUACACAUUUUUGUAGUAUUUUUUUGUUGCUAUUUUAACGUUAUCAGUAUUUAUAAUAGAUACAGUGCUGCUGUCAGUUGGCAGCUAGACCUGUUUGUUUUGUUUUAAUCAUCUUAACUUCAGACCAACUGCAUCAAUCACAAGGAGAGGACCAUUCCGUGCAUUUGUACAGUAUAUGUAAAAUGUCUAUUAUUUUUCAAUACUCCAAAUGUGUAGACGUUUCAUUGGGUACCCUUUUGGACAGCAAAAACCUUGAUUAAAAAUGAUGACCAUAUAUGUUGGGGCUGAUAAAAACCUACAGUAUACAAACUUUGUCUCACCAGAGGUUUAUGGCUAGGGACCUUCUAUUUUGUACUAAAGACACCGAUAUGUUUGGUUGUGCCUUAAAUCUGAUUUGUAGCCAUAAUUUAGUUCUAGAAAUAAAUCAAAUGCGUUUCCUCUC